AUGAAGGAAAAGAAAAAGGACCCCCCCCCUAAAGCUGUAACAAGACCUAGCAGAAAUGAUGUACCAGAAGAUAUGGACACUACAUGGUCUUCCUAA